CGUGCGUGCGCACGCAGAUGGCCCCAUGCAUGAGCCGAGCCAAACGGAGGGGAACCACCCAUGUGAUGACGUCACAACGCUCUGACAAGCUGGUUGUGCCGGAUGAAAAGAUGGCGGAUCAAGACGAGCCGAUCAGCAACGAGGAUAAGUUGCGCAUCGCAGCUGCGUUUAUCAUUCAUGCCCCACCAGGAGAGUUCAAUGAAGUUUUCAAUGAUGUCCGAUUGCUGCUCGACAAUGACAAUCUCCUCAGGGAAGGUGCGACGCAUGCAUUUGCACAGUACAACUUGGACCAGUUUACCCCCGCGAAAGUUGAGGGCUACGAUGACCAGGUCUUAAUCACAGAGCACGGGGAUCUGGGGAACGGUCGCGUCCUGGACCCCAAGAACAAGAUCUCCUUCUCCUUUGACCACCUGAGGAAGGAGGCCAGCGACCCCCGGCGUCACGAUGUGGACGUCUCCAUGGAGGAGUGGAGGAGCGCCGUGGACACCGCCGUCAGGGCUUACGUCAAGGAGCACUACCCUAACGGAGUCUGCACUAUUUACGGCAAAACCAUCGAUGGGCAUCAGACCAUCAUCGUGUGUGUCGAGUGCCAUCAGUUUCAGCCAAAAAACUUCUGGAAUGGACGCUGGAGGUCAGAAUGGAAAUUCACCAUCUCUCCAUCCUCCACCGACGUGGCAGGAAUCAUGAAGAUUCAGGUUCAUUACUAUGAGGACGGCAACGUUCAGCUGGUGAGCCACAAGGAGGUGAAGGAGACCAUGUCCAUUUCUAAUGAGGUCACAACCGCAGAAAGGUUUGUCAAGAUCAUGGGGGCCGCAGAGAGCGAAUAUCAGACGGCCAUCAAUGAGAACUAUCAGACCAUGUCGGACACUACCUUCAAAGCCUUACGCCGCCAGCUUCCUGUGACACGCACCAAGAUCGACUGGAACAAGAUUUUGAGCUACAAGCUCGGAAAGGAGAUGCAAAAUGCUUAAAAAAGAAGAAAAAACUAACUGCCCUCUUUGUCUCUAACACACACACACACCGACAUACACACAAAACAAUGUUGCAUGACUGGAUAGUAGUAUUUGUCUUUGUACAAAAAAAAAAACUAGAGAAGACAAAGAAGAUGCAAGAUGUCAAAUUAAGUCAUUGGAUGUCUCCUUUUAUUGAUGUUCCUUUCUUUUAUACAUACACAAGCGCGCCUCCCUGCUUUAAAUCAGAUGUUAUAUUGGAAAGAUAUAUACUUGACAUAGGAAAGAAAGCAAACAAGAAGGCAGCAGGCAAAAAUGUAUGCAAAAAAGCAAUUAUUUGUAAUUAAUUUCCACACAAAAAAUAACAAUUGUGCUCAUUGGCAAAACAUUCGAACCCCCCCCCCCCCCCCACUUCCUUUUGGGGGAGGCGGGGACUUUUCCACUGCUUGUCCUGUUUUUCUCUCUCCUGACAGACUGUACGGCCUCAUCAGUCUCCAGCAGCCCGACAAGCUUCACUAACUGGUCCCACGCUGCAUCGAGUAAUAUCAAAAAUGACAAUAAAAACAAGUAAAACAACAACAAAAAAGUAUCACUUCUCCUCCUGUGCUUAUUUUUACUUGACAGAACCCGACCGACUGUAUUAUAUGACAAAAAAAAAGAACAAGACACUGUAAUAUAUAUACAUAUAUAUAUAACUGUAUGACACAUCCUCUGUCAGUGUGGUGGUUAUUUCCAUGACAUCAUUGUAACUCGGUCACAGUUAUGUUGCAUUAAAUAACAAAUUUUCUAUCCAAA